GACGGCGUCGGGGGUCGCGGGCGCGGCCCGGGGGUGCAGCAUGCAGCGGAGGUGGGUCUUCGUGCUGCUCGACGUGCUGUGCGUGCUGGUCGCCGCCCUGCCUUUCGCCAUCCUGACGCUCGUGAACGCCCCGUACAAGCGAGGGUUCUACUGCACAGAUGACUCCAUCCGGUACCCCUACCGUCCAGACACCAUCACCCACGGGCUCAUGGCGGGGGUCACCAUCACCGUCACUGUCAUCCUUGUCUCGGCUGGGGAGGCCUACCUGGUCUACACGGACCGCCUCUACUCCCGCUCUGACUUCAACAACUACGUGGCCGCCAUCUACAAGGUCUUGGGGACCUUCCUGUUCGGGGCUGCGGUGAGCCAGUCGCUGACAGACCUGGCCAAGUACAUGGUCGGCCGUCUGCGCCCCAACUUCCUGGCCGUGUGUGACCCGGACUGGGGCCACGUCAACUGCUCGGUCUACGUGCCGGCGGAGCAGGUGUGCAGGGGGAGCCCCGCCAGCGUCACAGAGGCCAGGUUGUCUUUCUACUCCGGACACUCCUCGUUUGGGAUGUACUGCAUGAUGUUCCUGGCGCUCUACGUGCAGGCGCGGCUCUGCUGGAAGUGGGCGCGGCUGCUGCGGCCCACCGUGCAGUUCUUCCUGGUGGCCUUCGCCCUCUACGUGGGCUACACCCGCGUGUCUGACCACAAACACCACUGGAGCGACGUCCUCGUUGGCCUCCUGCAGGGGGCGCUGGUGGCCGGCCUCACUGUUCGCUACGUCUCCGACUUCUUCAAGAUCCGGCCCCCGCAGCGCUGCACGGAGGAGGAGGGGCUGGAGCGGAAAGCCAGCCUGUCGCUGACGCUGACCCUGGGCGAGGCCGAGCACAACCACUACGGCUUCCCCGUCUCCUCCUCCUGAGGCCGGAGCCGCCGGGCGGGGCCCAUCCGUGCGUCUGGCCGGGCUCAGGCUGCCGUCAGUGUGUCCGUGGUCCUGGCGGGGCCCUCACCUGGGAUGGCGAUGAGGGCUCUGGACGGGCUCCAGGUGCCCCCGGCUGCACCCAAGCAGGUCCCACCCACCUCCCCUCCUGUGCACUGGACUGGGGUCGGGGUGCCGGGGCAGCCUGGCCACGGAGGGGACCCUGUGCCCCAGCCCCCUCGGUGCCCCUGUUUUCGUUGAGGUGGGGAGGGACCGAGAGGUCCAGGUGGAAGCUGUUUUUGUAAAAUUGAUGUAUAUGUGGGUUUUUAGUAAAAUAGAGUUUGCUUGACUGGUGUCAGGGUCUCUGAGGACCGUCUCCCACCAGCAGAGGGGCCCCUGCCUCGUUGGCUCAGCUGAGUCAGGUUAAGUCUACAAGCCCACCCUUCAGUUGCCUGCUCUGCCGGGUCAGGCAGAGGGCAAAGGAGAGACCGCAGGUUCCCCCCACCUUCCCAGGGCCCAGCGCCAAGGUUGAGGGUCAGGUGGGGUCCCCUGCUGUGGAGGGCCCCGAGCAGGAGGCCCCUGCAGGCAUCUGGACCCCAGGCUGGCGGCACUGGGAGUGGGGGGUCCUGAUUCCAUGGUUCUCCCCUCCCCAGCGUGAAUAGGCCUCUGCCGAAGGCCCCUCUGAUACAGGACCCCCCAUGGACGCGCUUGGGUGGAAAUUCACGUGUGGGUGAGAGCGUGGCCAGUCUGACCUGCGUCCUCGCCUGCACCCCCCUGAGACUGCGUGCAGGCUGCGCCCUGAGUCCGGGGUGGGGAGGGCAGCUCCCGCGAGCUCCGUGGGUGGAGCCUCCAGGAUCGCGGUGUCUGGGUCUGCAAGGUCGCUCGCGGGGUCUGGCCUGGAGCCGGCCUCCCUGUCCCCUUUCUGCUUGGGGAUGUGCCCACCCCCAGCUGCACGUACCUGUGGUUCCUGGGGCUCUGGCUGGCCCCUCCCUGUGGCCCUGGAGGACUCAGCCGCGCCGACGCUCCUGUGUCCAGUCCUGCCGACUCCCCUCCGGCCGCAUGGACCCCGUGCCCGUGGGACCGCAGACAUGUCCUCUCGUCUCUGCCCUGCACCCGUGGCUCCUCCCUCGCCAUUCGCAGAAGUGAUGUUGGGGAAUUGAAAUACAUAAGGCUAGAAACAAACCUCUAGACAUAUUGAAAAGAAGAAAGAAAGUCUGUUCAAAAUCUCAGUGUGGGAAGACUUCUGUAGUGGGGAAAACAGAGAAAGUGCAAGAGAAGAAACCCUGGGCCAGGCCGGAGCUGUGGUUCGGGAAACGGAACCUCGAUGAGUGAGCGACUUCACGACCUGGAGAAGGUGCCUCUGGGGACGUGGGAGCCCCUGACACUGACAGGCGAGGGGCUGGUGUCCCUGAAACUGGCAGGACCUACAGAGCUCACCUUCUCAAGGAGAGCGUAAGUGGUCACUUUAAUGUUUUACCAAAUGUCUGUGCAAAACGGGUGAUUUACUUUGUUAAUGUUUAUUUGCACCCAGAACCUGUCCUCUUCUGUGUCCCUUGCUGGGUGCUCCUCUCAGGCCUCGGCAGGAUAGUGUAGCUCCCAGGGGCCGAGAUGGAGAAGGUCUCCACGGCCGCCAUGACCUUGCCCCGGUGCCGUGUAGAUGGGAGGAACGUGACCCAGACACUGCAUAGCAUCCGCAGGCCCAGCUUCCUUGAAGGUGUGGGGUGGGUUCCCGGUCGGGAAAUCCACGGUGCGGCCGCCCCGGGCGAGGAGCCCGGGUGUCCCAGGACCCAGCAGAGGGCGGUGACGGGCCCCCUGCAUGUGAGGAGCACUCAUCCAGACUCGGAGCGUGUCUGUGUCGGCCACUCAGCGACCAGGCAGAGCUCCGACGUCUCAGUUCUCACUCCUCACCGUGUCACGCUCCUAAGGUAUAAAAACUCGUAUUUUCUCUUUUUCUUUUGUCGAUUCUCACGGGAAACUCCUAGAUGUUUAGUCACGUCAGUAUCAUUUCUCAUGGCGUGUUCUCGAUGCCCAACAUUCCCCCACCUUCUGACAUUGACUGGUCUUUGAAAAGCCCCUCCUGAACGAUAUUGUAGGUGGGACGUGGCCCUGGGCUUUUGUAGGAAUCGCCUACUUUCUGAGGGUGCGUGCCGAUGUGUUUAGGAGUGAAGUUUUCUAUCUGUAACCGAUGAUACUUCACAACACAAACGUGUGAAGCCAAUAUGGCAAAAUUGUAGUAUGUCUAGUAGUAGUUAUGUCUACGUGCUGUGUGUGGGUAUUCGUUAGCUCACUCUCUUCACUAUAGUUUGAAAAAUUUUGUUAAUUCAAAGAAGGAAAACUCUGCCUCAGUAAAUUAUCCUAAGUUGAACGAUAUUUAUGCGUUUCUUAUUCCCCAAAGGAAUCCCUAUUCAAGUUGUAAAACAUAAAAUUGGAAAACGAGAUUGAUUUUUUUUUAAUGUUAGUUGCUAAACCUCAUUGAUUUCCAGCAGGCGCGGUGGGGUGGCCGUGUCUGAGCAGGAACAGACCAUGGGGAGGGGCCUGGGGGCGUCGGCCCCCGGGGUCCGUGAGGUCUGGGUUCUUCCUGAGGCCUCGAGCCUGUGUGUGCGGCCCUCCCCACAACGCUCUCAGCUGCCAGCACCUCUUCUAAAAGGAGACCGAGAGAGAGAGAGACCUUGAGCUGCAACUUAAAACCCUGUGGUGGUUUUUAAGCCUCUUGAGGAUGUUUUCAGCAGCAAGACAGCUUCUGAGUCUCCCCCGCAGGCCUGUUGGCUCUUCUCAUGUCUGAGACAGACGUGCUCCCAGAUUUCCCUGUCAGCCUCACUUUUAACAGUUGUGGUUUGUGGAAUCCAAGCAGCCCGGUUUGUACAUAUAGUAGGCACACUUUGGGGCGAAUCUAGGACACUGGGUAAGAAUUUCCACUUGGAAAAAGGCUGGAAUCGCCUGACCACAGGCACGCGCUCUCUAAAGGGGCUCAGAUCUCCCAUCCACGUCUGCUCUCUGCUCCCCCCUCACGGUGUCAGAGACAAACAGCCCCGGCCAGCGGUGCAGCAGGGACGCCACCAGCCGUGGCCAGAGAGGGCCCCACCCGAUGCGGACGUGGAAACCGCCCCUCAGCACUCAGCAGAUCGCAGGGACCUUAGGGGCCCCUAUGGGAAUGAGAAGAACACGGUCCAUUUUCCUUUCGGAGGAAACGAGAAUAUUUCUGUGACACUUGAACAGGACACCUUCUUGUGACCUGCUGUCAUCACUGCUCUGGAUAGUAAACUCUUUAUUUUCAGUAAGAAGUGAGGCUGCAAGGUUUUUUUCAUACCAUGUUCUGUUUUCAACAUCACUGCAAGAACCACCCGGAAAAAGGGCUCAGAAGCGAUUUCUGGGACAACUGAGGCUGACCUGUCGAGGCUUCCUUCUCUUGGUCGUCACGGCCAGGCCAGUUCCAUGCGUUCUGGCUUCCACUUGGACACGUGCGUGAGGAUAUCCUCUCGUUUAUUUUGCUGCCCUAUUAUGCCUCUGGAGAAGACAGGUUUCAGCUUGGCCCCACCUGACCCUCACCUCCACCUGUGGGAGUGUGUGGAGUCUCAGCAGUGUCCCCGUGCAGAAAGAAAAACAUGACGUGGUUUCUGCAGUGACUGCUGUGGCCUUGACCGCAGUGGAAAUUGGACGGUCGGGCCUCAACGGUUCUGCAGCCCCCAAGGGAGCUCUCCAAGGUCCCUCGAUCGCCGUCAGGGCCAAGGUGGACGUGAUGCCCUGCGCUGGGCAGGAGAUGGCCGUUCCUGUUGAUCUCAGCGGGAGACCCGGAGGCCAGAACACGCCUGUAGUUUCAGAAUAUCCGCCUGCACGGAGCGAAGAGCGUUAGGGACCAGACCAUCCGCCCGUGUGGGGAUUAUUUCCUAGGCUAAUCACAGGGACUGUAUGGUGCUUUGUCCAAAUGUGGAAGCCGCUACUGACAUGUGGCUCUUUAAAUUAGUUUAACAAAAUAAAAACACAGUUUAUCAGU